GUCAUGGCGUUUUCUGCGUGAAGUCGCGGGAUAGCUCAGCGGGCCGAAUGAUGGCCGCAAUUUCUGAAAUUGCCGCUGCUUUUUUUUUCGCUUCUCGUGUCUUCUGCUUCAAUUGCUUACGUCACGAAGCUGUUCUUUUUUCCACCUUCUUAAGACCACCGAACGCCAUCGAACCUCCGUCAGUCGCGUAUCAUAAUUCAUUCCUUUUUCGUCGAAAGCCAACGACAAACGCAACAGCGAAAGCCACUCGUCGGAUAAAAGAUUCGUGCGAAAGGAAAAAUGUUGUUCCCUGUAACGACGAAAGCUCUUCCAUUAUUAAGCGCGUUCACGGUGUCGAUCGUCGCUCAAGAUACAAAGACUACGGUGUUUCCGUUCUCCGGAAAUGGCUCCGUCCUGGAAUCACCGAGCAGAGAGGAAUCCACGCUUCGACCGGAUAUGACGCGUUCUUCCGAGCUUCUCGCGCGUCCUCCCACUCUACCUAUACCUGUCAAUAAUUAUCUCCUCGCGCCGCAGAGAACGUUUAUUCAUCACAGGGGCGAAAACGUGCCGCCUUACGUGUACGAUAAUCCACAUUUCAGCUACCCAGUAGCGCACUCGAUCGAUUACCCGCUCGGACCAUCUUCGAAGCAGCUCGUAAUCGUCAGCUUCAUCGGUUUACUGUUGCUGUUCGCGGUUAUUCAGAACACGAUCGUGAACGCGAAGCGCAGAGACAUUUUGACGGACGUGUUGUCUGCCAGGAAAAAAAGAGAGCUGUAUGCUGCGUACAAUUUCGAUUCAGUGACACCGGAACAGGAAGACGUUCUCGAAGAAGACGCUAGGGUACGAUGUAUACAGAGAACCGUGUGCUUGGAGAAUCGGAAGCUCUCGAAAGCGUUCGGCGCUACCGGCAAGAUACUCGCCAAGUACUUAACACGAAGCGUGGAGAAAUCUUUGAAAUCGUCUUCUGGCUGGUUCCGAUUGGUACGGGAUGCCGGGGAGGCAGGGGUUCGCGGUGAGGAGUGCGAGGUGCUUUACAGAGGCUGCGACGAAGAAGUUUCCUCAGGAUCGUAG